UCGCCGUGGAAACCUCUCCCUGUCGGCGAGCCGUCUGCAUCGUUUUGGCGCAGCGCAGGAACGUGGGGUAAAGGCUGUCACUGUACCCGCAGGGAUAUCUCUCCAUUCAUCAAUUCACGAAAGGCACAUUUUUAUUUAUUUAAUUUUUUGCGAGCUACUGGCUUUGGGGUUUUUUUUAGCGUGUGUUGCGAGCAAAUACAAGGGCGUCAACUGUUAAAAAACCCCUGUAAAAACCUCAUCAGCAUCACUCCUUCAGUAGCUUUGCGGUUCGUCCCAAAGGCGAGGAAACAAUACGCACGGAGGGUCCGCAAUCGCCGUCGAGAUGUCCGGAUACCAGGGCAAGAAGAAUAUCCCUCGCAUCACUAGCGACCGUCUCCUAAUCAAAGGGGCGAAGAUCGUGAACGAUGAUCAGUCCUUCCACGCCGACAUCUAUAUGGAGGACGGGGUCAUUAAGCAGAUCGGGGAGAACCUCAUCGUUCCCGGAGGGGUGAAGACCAUCGAUGCCCACGGCGGGAUGCUGAUCCCGGGAGGCGUCGACGUGCACACCCGCUUCCAGAUGCCCGACCGGGGCAUGACGGCCGCGGACGACUUCUACCAGGGCACGCGCGCCGCUCUGGCCGGAGGCACCACCAUGAUCAUGGAUCACGUGGUGCCAGAGCCUGGUGUUAGCCUCAUGGCAGCCUUCAACCAGUGGAGGGAGUGGGCCGACAGCAAAUCAUGCUGUGACUAUUCACUCCAUGUGGAUCUUACCGAGUGGCACAGUGGAAUUCAGGAGGAGAUGGAGGCCCUGGUGAAGGACCACGGUGUCAACUCCUUCCUGAUCUAUCUUGCAUAUAAGGAUGUUUUCCAGCUUAAUGAUUCCCAGAUGUACGAGGUGUUCAGCGUGAUCCGAGACCUGGGAGCCAUCGCCCAGGUGCACGCGGAGAACGGAGACAUCAUUGCCGAGGAGCAGAAGAGGAUCCUGGAACUUGGCAUCGCUGGGCCGGAGGGUCACGUCCUCAGUCGCCCAGAGGAGGUGGAGGCCGAGGCGGUCAACCGUGCGGUAACUGUGGCCAAUCAAACCAACUGCCCCCUCUACAUCACCAAGGUGAUGAGCAAGAGCGCUGCAGAUGUGAUCGCUCAGGCUAGGAAAAAAGGCACCGUGGUGUACGGGGAGCCCAUCACCGCCAGUCUCGGCACCGACGGCACCCACUACUGGAGCAAGAACUGGGCCAAGGCCGCCGCAUACGUCACAUCUCCACCCCUCAGCCCCGACCCCACCACGCCUGACUAUCUUAACUCCCUGCUCUCCUGUGGUGAUCUGCAGAUGACUGGCAGCGCUCAUUGUACCUUCAACACCUCCCAACGCGCAGUAGGCAAAGACAACUUCACCCUCAUCCCAGAGGGCACCAACGGCGCUGAGGAGAGGAUGUCAAUCAUCUGGGACAAGUGUGUGGUGACAGGUAAGAUGGACGAGAACCAGUUUGUGGCUGUGACCAGCACCAACGCAGCCAAGGUCUUCAACCUGUAUCCCCGCAAGGGCCGUAUCGCUGUGGGCUCGGACGCUGACCUGGUGCUGUGGGACCCCGAUGUCACCAAGAUUAUCUCUGCUAAGAGCCACAACCUGGCCGUGGAGUAUAAUAUCUUUGAGGGCUUAGAAGUGCGUGGGGCUCCCAUGGUGGUCAUCAGCCAAGGAAAGAUUGUCCUGGAGGAUGGAAACCUGCACACCACAGAGGGCUCAGGGCGCUUCAUCACCCGUAAGCCCUUCCCUGACUUCGUCUACAAGAGGAUAAAGGCUCGCAGUAGGCUAGCAGAGCUGCGAGGGGUCCCUCGUGGUCUUUACGAUGGUCCUGUGUGUGAGGUCACUGUCACACCGAAAAUAAUGACCCCUGUCACCUCCAACAAGACCUCUCCAGCCAAACCUACACCUCAACCUAUUCGCAACCUGCACCAGUCUGGAUUCAGCCUGUCUGGAGCUCAGAUCGAUGACAACGUUCCUCGCCGCACCACCCAGCGCAUCGUGGCGCCCCCUGGUGGCAGAGCUAACAUCACCAGUCUGGGUUAGACUAUCCCCUUGCCCAGCCCAGCAAGGAAGGGGUGGGGAGGGGGUGUCGAGAACCACAGGCCCUCGCUCUGCCAAUGGGACCCCCCGCCAAGCCCCUGUGAGCACCCCCACCUCCCCAUAUUACAGCAACCGCCGAUUUCCCCCCUCCUCAGCCUAAUCGUUUUAUAGUUGCCCUGCCAUUUGCCUGAACACACACAAAAAAACACUUUAUUUUCAGGAUUUGAAAAGGAACACAAGACAUUAACCUACCUUCCACAAAAGUCUUUGGAUUGUUUUUGUUUUAUAUGAGUUGGGUUUUUUUUGUUUGUUUGUUUGUUUUUUAAGACAGAAAGUCAAGCGGAUCAAAACUGAAUUUGUUUUCUUAUUUAUUGUCACUGUAUGGAACACAAAGCAUGUGGGCAAAGGUCUUGUGUUCCUCAUUAUACUUCAUUCAUUCAACGCAAUGCCAUUGCUUCAGCAAAAGCCUUUGGGGCUUUUUUUGGGGGGGGGGGG